GAAUUCUGAGAUCUUUGGGCACUUGUUACUGCAUGUCAACGGCAGGAAACUCCUGGUCCCUAGACCUUCCUGGCCCGAGUUUUUCAGGACUUGUAGCAGUUCAAAUAUGUGAGAGUCUGUGCAUACACGGAAGGCCGAGAGGGAUUUAAAGGUGAGUGACGGGCAGCAAGCAGCCUUGUGAUGUGCUGCACGGGUUCCGAGCUUAGGCUAGUGUAAAACAAAGCAGCGUAUGAUCUCAAAAGGGCAGGAGGAAGACGGUAAAUAUCUUCUGUCUGUCAUGACAGUGGGGGUCUGUGCUGAAUUCCCCCCAGGAGGAAUUUGCUUACAUGAGACUGGAGUCUGAAAAAAAAAAAAAGCUAAUUGACCUGCCCGAGGUCGUAGCACUGCCAGGAGCCGGAGCAGGGGUUUGAUCAGCUCUGGCUGACCCCAUCGUCUCGCUCAGAUGCCCACAGAGCACUGUUGCUGGUGGGCUCUGCCGCCCUCUCUCAGCCCGUCUCCUGCUGAGUGGUCGGCAGGACAUCUGCGCUUCGAUGGCCCUCCCACAGGAAGCUCAGGCCCUCGUGUCUGCAGCCAAGUCCUGCUCCCGCCUGUCUCUGGCGGCUCAUCUCCUCAGCCACCAGCAGGAAUGGGACGGACGUGGGGUUUUCCUUGAGUUCCCCCUUCACCCCAGAUCCAACUGCCAUGGAGUCGCUACCCCUAUCCUAGAUGCUGUUCUCUCUGCUCUCACUACCUCCUGUAUGUGGCCUUCAGAAACCCCUGCCUUAGGUUGCCACAGCAGGCUGCAGUCUGCUGCCCUGAAAGGCAUUUUCCAUCCUACUCUCUCAGAACUGGGCUGCAACGGGUCUGAUCCCCGCUAAUCCCGUUAGCAGCUGCCAAGUGAGCUGUGGGAUGAAAUCCACACCCCGGCAUGAUGUGAUCGCGGUGGGGGCAUUCAAGGUCCAAUCGCUGUGUGCUCUCCCUGCCUCUCGCUGGAUCUCCCAGACUCUCCCCUGCCCCCCGACUGAUUGACUCAGAACUCAGUUUACCUCCGAGUCUCUCCCGUCCUCCCGUCUUUGUCUCAAGGGCCCCCUCAGCACCAAGUACCUCCUCUCCUGGUUAUCAGCGCUGUGAUUGUUUCUGUCCCUGGCCGCCAGCCUGGGAGGGGGCUGUGCCCUUUUGCCUCUCCAGCACGGCUCCCUGUGCCUGACACACAGAGGCACCCAGCGAGUGUCUGCCUCUGGAUGAAUCAACAGAAGAGAGGAGGGCCCCCUACUCUGCUCACCGCCUGGGAGCUGCGUCCCUUCCCUGGGAGCCAGCUGCUCGCUCUGCCUUCAUCCAUUAUGGGUGCUCCCUGUGCUCAGCCCUCUGCCUUUCUGUGUGCUGUGUGCGGCCAGGGUGUGUGGAGCUGAUCCUGUUUCCUCACCGGUAACCCCGGAGGACCAGACUGAAUGUCCAUUCUCUGCCAGAGUGGUGCCUCUCCCUGGGCUCUGUUCUGGCAGCCGCCCUGCGGAGACUCAGAAUGUCUGUGCCUCCUGCCGCAGCACAAAGAGCCCGUUUGUAGGGCAGGCUGCUGAAUACGGCGCAUUAUGGCCAGCAGUCAGAGUGGGUCCAGGGCGUGGAGUUUCUCUGAGACAAGCACAGGAAUGCCCUGAGAUAUGAGCAGUCUGCACAGUGCAGGGUGGAACGUCAUGACAUGAAUACCUUAAGCCUGCCCCUGAACAUCCGCCGCGGGGGGUCGGACACCAACCUGAACUUUGACCUUCCGGAUGGCGUCCUGGACUUCCACAAGGUCAAGCUGGGCGCAGACAGCCUGAGACAGAAGAUCUUGAAGGUGACGGAGCAGAUCAAGAUCGAGCAGACGUCUCGGGACGGGAACGUGGCGGAGUAUCUGAAGCUGGUCAACAGCGCAGACAAGCAGCAGGCAGGCCGCAUCAAGCAGGUGUUCGAGAAGAAGAACCAGAAGUCAGCGCACUGCAUCGCCCAGCUGCAGAAGAAGCUGGAGCAGUACCACCGCAAGCUCCGUGAGCUCGAGCAGAACGGGGCCUCCCGGAGCGCCAAGGACCCCUCCAAAGACAGCCUGAGGGACAUCCAGCACUCCCUGAAAGAUGCCCACGUGAAGUCCCGGACGGCUCCCCACGGCAUGGAGAGCAGUAAGUCGGCCAUGCCGGGUGUGUCCCUCACUCCCCCCGUGUUCGUCUUCAACAAGUCCCGGGAGUUCGCCAACUUGAUCCGGAACAAGUUUGGCAGCGCCGACAACAUCGCUCACUUGAAAACUUCCUUAGAGGAGUUCCGGCCGGAGGCGAGCGCCAGGGCCUACGGGGGCAGCGCCACCAUCGUGAACAAACCCAAGUACGGCAGUGACGACGAGUGCUCGAGCGGCACGUCAGGCUCGGCCGACAGUAACGGGAACCAGUCAUUCGGGGCCGGGGCCGGGGCCGCCGCCGGCCCGCUGGACAGCCAGGGGAAGCUCGCCAUGAUCCUGGAGGAGCUGCGGGAGGUGAAGGAGACGCAGGCGCAGCUGGCCGAGGACAUCGAGGCGCUGAAAGUGCAGUUCAAGCGGGAGUACGGCUUCAUCUCCCAGACCCUGCAAGAGGAGAGAUACAGGUACGAGCGCCUGGAGGACCAGCUGCAUGACCUGACGGACCUGCACCAGCACGAGACGGCCAACCUGAAGCAGGAGCUGGCCAGCAUCGAGGAGAAGGUGGCCUACCAGGCCUACGAGCGCUCGCGCGACAUCCAGGAAGCCCUGGAGUCGUGCCAGACGCGCAUCUCGAAGCUGGAGCUGCACCAGCAGGAGCAGCAGACGCUGCAGACGGACGCCGUGAACGCCAGGGUCCUGCUGGGGAAGUGCAUCAGCGUGCUCCUGGCCUUCAUGACGGUCGUGCUGGUGUGUGUCUCCACCGUGGCCAAGUUUGUCUCGCCCAUGAUGAAGAGCCGCUUCCACAUCCUUGGCACCUUCUGUGCUGUGACUCUGCUGGCCAUAUUUUGCAAAAACUGGGACCACAUCGUGUGUGCCCUGGAAAGGAUAAUAAUACCGAGAUGAGGCCCCGCUUCCCCGCCGUCGAGUUCUUGGAAGGUUUUGUUUUAAAGAGAACUCUGUGCACUCUACCAAAUCUUAACGCGGACGGUUGCGCUGUGUGAAGACGCCCAGAAGUGGUGCGCGGCUGCGUGGUGUAAAUAAUUCCAGUGCUCUGAACUGGGCUGCAGCCGCCGGCGCAGUCCCCGUGCUUGGCUCCCGUGAACCUGGCUCCGAGCGCUCCCCACCUCGCCCACUGCCUUAAUCAGACCAGGUUCCCUGUCCACCUGAGCAGCCCAGCUCGGUGCAGCUGUGUCCAGUGAGCACUAGGCAUACUUAGUGAUGCAAAACAAUGUGUGUGUGUGUGUGUGUCUCUAUCUAUCUGGAAUCCCUGUCGAAAUUCAGCUUCACUCUUGCUAAUGUAAUAGUUGCGUCUUCCCUGGGCCCUGAAGCAGCAAGGAUAUGACACGAUAUGGGGCGGUGAGAAGCACAGGUGGUGGUGGUGGUGGUGGUGACGCUGUGGCCUGCGGGGGUAUAAUAAUCCCUGUGUCUAGGUCUGUGGGUCCCGCUGUGGCCCCAGCAGCUGUGUCCUCAGCAGCCGGUCGUGUGCAGGCCCUUGCACCUGUUUAUCCACCGAGUACAGCAAACAGGACUGGCGCCUGCGGCUUCCCCAGGGCGCCACACCGCCGAGCUCAUCCUACCUGGCUGCAGAGGCCUUCAGACAGGCACACGAUGCUCGCAGCGCCUCGCCGUGGCCUGAGCAGCGAGCUGGGGUCCUGGGGCACCGCUCAGGAGGUUUGUGCUUCGGCAAAUCUCAAUUACAAUCACCCCCCACCUCGAGGAAGUGAUUCUCUGUGAUUCGCUUGCUUGCCAGGGCUGUGAGCGAUUGCGCAGCCUCCCAGCGAGGAAGUGGGAACAAACCCAGGCUCGUGUUGGGCUUUUCUUCCCUGAGGAAGGGCGUGGGAGUGGGAGCGGAUGAAGCCCCAGCGCAGAGGCAGGCGCGGCAGAAGCACGAGGGAAUGGGACGUCUGCUCUGAUUGGACGGGGGAUGGCGAAUGCCUGUGAGCGCCUGGCCCCGCCAAGGUUUGAGCAGCUCCUCUCGGGGCUGUGGAAGGCCAGUGAGAGCAGCCUACACUGAAUCCCGUGUUUGAUGCAAGGUUACCUUGUGUUCCCUGGGAUCAUCGUGAAAGGCAGCCCCGAGGGCAUAGGGUGACCACACUGCCACGCAGGGGGAGCGGUGGCACCUAGCAGCUCUGCCCACCUUGGGGGCACCAGUCUCUGCCUUCAGCCCCCGUGAUGCCUCCUGGGAGUCUGUUUCUUAGUGUGCAGGUGGAGGAUCUGAAAGCCUGCUCCCCGGCUCCUCCCGCUGCUGAGGGUGUAAGAUGCCCAUUCGCGUGCAUCUUCUCCUGGAAGCCAUCAAACUUCCCCAAUUUAAAUUCCGUGCAAUAUUUUGCUCUCCACUGUUCUUUGGGACAUCUCUUGGAGAAAUGUGACGGGGUGCCCGGGGUGGGAGAGGACCGAGUGGUUGGGCGUUCAGUGUAAGUGAGACUCUCACAAGGUACGCCUUCUGUUUUUGAGGUGUCUGAUUUAUCAGUGGUUCAGCCGUCACCACUAGUGCCAGUCUCAAGCUUUUUAAAACAACAAAUGUCCUUGCAGGAAAUCUUUGGUAAUAAGGAUUCUGGGAAGAGGGAGUUCCUAGUGCCACCUCCGUGAGCAGGGCCACGUCCUGUCACUGUCAGACUCUCCCAGGUGGACUGAGUAUUCACUGUGAGGUGUCAAAUCCACGAGGCAGAUAGGGCUCCAGGUCCGGAGAGGAGAGGAGAGCGCAUGGCCCAUCUCUUCUUGCCUUUGUUAGUCAGGGCUGUCAGGCACAGGUGGGUUGAGAGCCCUUGAAUCCAACCAGGGCCUGGGUGGGCUGCUUCCUAUUUGUGAACCUUCCUGAGGGCUGCGUUGGGCAAGCCAGGGUUUGGGUGGUUGUAGACACGGCUGUUAGUUGAGAGUGAGUGAGUGAGAUUUGUAGCUCUUGAGGGUGAAGGGCUCUGGGAGGACCGAGAAUGGCUAAUUCUCGUGGCACCAUGCUCCGCUCCAUCACACGGCAUGGCCAGCUUGCUGUGAGCACACUCCAACCUGCGACCAGUGGGAGAUGCAGUGGUGAGGAGGGGAAGCUGGGAAUGCCACCCCGCGGUCGGAGCUGGUGGCACCUGCUGGAACCCCGCCCGCUUCUGAGGUAGCGUCGGCUCUCACCCCUGCUACCUGUUGAUGGAAACCCCUCUGCAGGAACUCACCUGUUCAUUCGGAAAUGUUUUCGCUUGGGUAUGCACGGCCUCUGCGCAGCAUAUUUUACAGUUGUGUGGAGAGUUCGUGAAGCUUUUUAAUAAGACAGUAGAAUGCAAGGAGGUUUGUACCCUCUGCAGUUUAUUUUUCUCUGAAUAACCCCCUACUGCCUGUUCUCUUCAGUGCGUAAGGAGAUAAAUUUUAUAAAUUAAAAAUGGUAAUAGAGCUACAGCAUAUUCUGGAAUUGGGAAUUUCAUUUACAUUUAAGUCAGCUAAUCCUCCUCCUGCCCCUCUCGAUGGUGGUAAGCAUUGUGCAUGCCUGCUGAAGACAGCCCAUUGCUGGACAGCCAAGCACCCAGCCGGUCACUCGGGGAGCGCUGCCGACCUGGGCUAGCACUGGAUUUUAUCACUGGGACAGUGAUAGUUUGUCGAAGGCAAAACAAAAACCUUAAAAAAAAAAAAAAAAAAGACUUUGCUCUGUGUUUUACAGUUGGUUAUUUUAGCUCGUAUCCUGAGUGGCAUUAAGCCAGAACAGAAUCCUCCACUCCCCAGAACUCAAACCCGCCAUGAAACAGUCGCUCAGAGUCGUCCAUCUCUGCCGGGGACUGGGAACACUGGGCAAGUCCCAGCGUCCAGCGUGGGAGGGUGUGGACUGGCCGACGUGACCCCCUCGUCUGCCGUGAUCCUGCCACCCUGAUCCAUCAGCAUUCGGGGAGUGCGGCCUUUCUCCACCUGUAGCUCUUACUUUCUUGUGAUACUGUUCCACUCUAGAGAGAGGGUCCUUGAGAAAACUGUGAGAGAAUGGAAUGAAAAAAUAAGUUUAUUUUGGUGCAUAGUUUUGUUGAAAUCCACGCAUAGCUUUUUUUUAAAAUCAUACCUAUUUUCCACGAACUUCCUAAAGAACCGGGGAUGGAUUGCCCUGCCAUUUCUUCAGCAAGUCAGGCUUAAUUAUGAGUUCAACAACUCACUACUUUUGUCCUUUCGGGUUGGAUUUUAAAUACCAAAUUGUUUGGCGUUGGAUAGGGAUGUUUUUGUCUGCGAUUCAGAUAUAAUUGUAUUGGUUUGGAAAAAGGUUAAGUGUGUUUCUUAUUAUGGCCAUGUGUGACUAAACAACCUAUUUUGCAUGUUUUUAUAACUAGGAGGAGUGGGCUGGGGUAGGGAGAAAUGACGCUGCUUAAAAUUCAGGGCUUGUUUGGAGCUCCGUGUUUGCUGAAGUGUCACACACUCAGGAUGGGGUGGGUCUGUAACACUGAGGCUGGCCUGUUAGAGAUAAAAAAAAAAAAAAGUACAGUCAACAGGAGCUUGGUAACCCUUAAGAUAUAAAGCAGAACUAACCUGUAAUUUUCUGAAGCCGAUACAAUUCUGUGUUUAUAUAAAGCUGGAAAGUAAUGCACCUUGAUUGUUUUAGGAAUGAUGUAUGUCUUGCCAUUUUAAUUUAUUUAAAGCAUGUCUAUUCUGUUUGUCCUAUGAGAAAUGUUUCAACAAAACAUGCUCUGUGUGUUGAAGGUAUGCUUAGGCAAUAGUCAGGAGCUCUGAACCUAGAAACUGGAAAUGUUUCUUGUGAGGUCCGUGGCACAAUUUCCAUUUUGUAGGGUAGUCCGUAGUCUCACAUCAGCCUGAAAUUGCCAUUUCUCUGUAGAUCGUCACCCUGUGAUGGUAUCAUCAAUGAAUUCAAAGCAGGUGCCAUUAUUUUUUUAAAUAAACACUCAAUGUUAGCUUUGGUGUUAAAUAAAGAAUUAGAUUUCUUAAAUUUUCA